AUGGGUUUGUCGAAGCUUAGUAUUUCAGAUGUUGACCUUAAAGGGAAACGUGUUCUUAUUCGAGUUGAUUUCAACGUCCCUAUGAAAGAUGGGAAAGUUACUAACACUCAAAGAAUAGCAGCUGCCAUACCAACUAUUAAAUAUGCCUUGGAUAAGGGGGCUAAGAGUGUCGUCCUAAUGUCCCAUUUAGGUCGGCCAGAUGGGAACAAAGUCGAUAAGUAUUCUCUAAAGCCUGUAUGCCCUGAAGUGUCAAAGUUGUUAGGCAAAGAAGUUACCUUCCUCAGUGAUUGUGUUGGACAUGAUGUAGUUAAUGCGUGUGCUAACCCUGCUCCUGGAAGUGUUUUUUUGUUAGAAAAUCUACGCUUUCACGUUGAAGAGGAAGGAAAAGGUGUCUCACCGACCGGCGAAAAAACAAAAGCCACUGCUGAUCAAAUCAAGGCUUUCAGUGAAAGUCUGACAAAACUUGGUGAUGUUUACGUCAACGAUGCCUUUGGGACGGCACAUAGAGCUCAUGCUUCUAUGGUCGGCUGCCAACUGCCACAAAAAGCCUGUGGAUUUCUCAUGAAUAAAGAACUGACAUAUUUCGCCAGAGCUUUGGAAAAUCCAGAACGUCCUUUCCUAGCUAUUUUGGGAGGUGCCAAGGUUAGCGACAAGAUCCAGUUGAUCAAUAAUAUGCUUGACAAAGUUAAUGAAUUGAUCAUCGGUGGUGGGAUGGCAUAUACAUUUCUUAAGCAAAUACACAACAUACAUAUAGGAAAUAGUUUAUUUGAUGCACCGGGUGCAGAAAUCGUCCACAAAGUAAUGGAAACUGCAAAGGCUAAAAAUGUUGCAAUUCACUUACCUGUUGACUUUGUAACUGCUGACAAAUUUGCUGACGAUGCGAACACUGAAGUAAGAACUAUACAAUCUGGAAUUGCCGAUGGCUGGAUGGGAUUAGAUAUUGGUCCGAAAACAAUUGAAGAAUUCAGUAAGGUGAUUAGUCGUGCCAAAACUAUUGUUUGGAACGGGCCGAUGGGCGUUUUCGAAAUGGACAAGUUUGCAAGAGGAACGAAAGCAGCAAUGGAUGAAGUGGUCAAAGCUACUAAGAAUGGUGCUACAACUAUUAUUGGUGGUGGUGACACCGCAACAUGCUGCGCCAAAUGGGACACAGAAGAUAAAGUUAGUCAUGUCAGUACUGGUGGUGGUGCUAGUCUUGAACUUCUCGAAGGUAAACAAUUACCCGGAGUUGUUGCACUUACGGAUGCUCACUAA